GGAGCGGAGGGCUGGUGCUGGGCGCACGAGGACGGAGGUGGCCGGCUGCUUUCUCAGGCCAGGUGGGGACGAGCGCAUGUGGGCGCUCCGUUCGCUGCUGCGGUCCGCGGCAGGGCGCACCAUGUCUCAGGGACCUGCCCGCCGCCAGCGGCCGCCCAAAGACCCGCUGCGGCACCUGCGCACGCGGGAGAAGCGGGGCGCGUCCUCGGGGUCUGGGAGCCCCAACACUGUGUACCUGCAGGUAGUGGCGGCCGGCGGCCGGGACGCGGGCGCCGCGCUCUACGUCUUCUCCGAGUACAACCGGUAUCUCUUCAACUGUGGAGAAGGCGUCCAGCGGCUCAUGCAAGAGCACAAACUGAAGGUUGCUCGCUUGGACAACAUAUUCCUGACACGAAUGCACUGGUGUAAUGUUGGGGGAUUGUGUGGAAUGAUUCUUACUUUAAAAGAAACAGGGCUUCCAAAGUGUGUGCUGUCUGGACCCCCACAAUUGGAAAAGUACUUAGAAGCAAUCAAAAUAUUUUCUGGUCCAUUGAAAGGAAUAGACUUGGCUGUCCGGCCCCACUCUGCACCAGAAUACAAAGAUGAGACCAUGACAGUUCACCAGGUCCCUAUAUACAGUGAGCAGGGACCUGAAAAGCAUCAGCCGUCACAGAGCCCAGAAAGGUCUCCUCACAGGCGCAGCCCAGAACAGCCUUCAGACUCUGGAUCAGCUGCAAAUGAGCAGCACCUUCUUGAUGGCAGUAGUACAGUCAAACCCUGCUGGAAAGGUGUUAGCCAGAACAGAAGUGGCAGGGACCCUUCCUUGGUUGUUGCUUUUGUAUGUAAGCUUCACUUGAAGAAAGGAAACUUCUUGGUACUCAAAGCAAAGGAACUGGGCCUCCCAGUUGGGACGGCUGCCAUUGCACCCAUCAUCGCUGCUGUCAAGGAUGGGAAGAGUGUCACGUACGAAGGAAGAGAGAUUUUAGCUGAAGAGCUCUGCACGCCUCCAGACCCUGGUGCUGCGUUUAUUGUGGUUGAAUGUCCAGAUGAAGGAUUCAUCCAGCCCAUUUGUGACAAUGCCACCUUUAAGAGGUACCAAGGAGAGACCGAUGCCCAUGUGGCCAUGGUGGUUCACAUGGCCCCCGAUUCUGUGCUUUUGGACAGCAGGUACCAGCAGUGGAUGGCGAGGUUUGGGCCCAACACCCAGCACUUGAUCCUGAAUGAAAAUUGUGCGUCGGUCCACAAUCUUCGCAGCCACAAGAUUCAAACGCAGCUCAACCUCAUCCACCCAGACAUCUUCCCUCUGCUCACCAGUUUCCACAGUAAGGAGGAAGGCCCGGCCCUCAGCGUGCCCACUGUCCGGGGCGAAUGCCUGCUCAAGUAUCAGCUCCGGCCCAGGCAAGAGUGGCAGAGGGAUGCCAUUAUUACCUGCAACCCUGAUGAAUUCAUAGCCGAGGCUCUGGAGCUCCCCAAUUUCCAGGAGAGUGUGCAGGAGUACAGGAAGAGUGAACAGGAUGGCCUGGCCCCCACAGAGAAAAAAAAACAGUAUCCAGAAAUCAUCUUCCUUGGAACUGGGUCUGCCAUCCCUAUGAAGAUUCGGAAUGUCAGUGCCACACUUGUCAACAUAAGCCCUGACAAGUCUCUGCUCCUGGACUGUGGUGAAGGCACAUUUGGGCAGCUGUGUCGUCAUUACGGAGGUGAUGUGGACAGGGUCCUGGGCAGCCUUGCUGCUGUGUUUGUAUCCCAUCUCCACGCAGACCACCACACGGGUUUGCUGAACAUUCUGCUGCAGAGGGAGCGUGCUUUGGCAUCUCUGGGAAAGUCCUUCCACCCUUUGCUGGUGGUAGCCCCCACCCAGCUCAGACCGUGGCUGCAGCAGUACCACAACCAGUGUCAGGAGAUUCUGCACCACGUCAGUUUGAUUCCUGCCAAAUGCCUUCAGAAAGGGGUGGAAGCCUCCGACCCCACCAAUGGAAGUCUCAUCAGUUUACUGUUGGAGGCAUGUGACUUGAAAGAGUUUCAGACCUGCCUGGUCCGGCACUGUAAGCACGCCUUUGGUUGUGCACUGGUGCACACGUCCGGCUGGAAAGUGGUGUACUCAGGGGAUACCAUGCCCUGUGAAGCUUUGGUCCAGAUGGGGAAAGAUGCCACUCUCCUGAUCCAUGAGGCCACUCUGGAGGAUGGCUUGGAGGAGGAGGCAGUGGAAAAGACACAUAGCACCACCUCCCAAGCUAUUGGUGUGGGCAUGCGCAUGAAUUCGGGCUUUAUCAUGCUGAACCACUUCAGCCAGCGGUACGCCAAGAUACCCCUCUUCAGCCCUGACUUCAAUGACAAAGUUGGAAUCGCCUUUGACCACAUGAAGGUCUGCUUUGGAGACUUUCCAACAGUGCCCAAGCUGAUUCCACCCCUGAAAGCCCUGUUUGCUGAGGACAUUGAGGAGAUGGUAGAGCGCAAGGAGAAGCGAGAACUGCGGCUGGUGCGCGCAGCCCUCUCUCAGCAUGUGGCCAGCAGCCCGGAACACAGGGAGCCCCUGCCGAAGAGGGCCCAAGUAGAGGAGCCCCAGAGCCCACAGAGCAAGAAGGCCAGAGCCUAGUGAAGGUCUGGACCCACCCCGAACCCUGAAGUCUGUAUGCCUUGCACCCGCACAUGCUCCUCAUCCUGCCAGGAGCAAGAGCAGGAGCUGGCAGAAGGCAAGUCACGGUCUGUGUAGCUGUGCUGUGUCCUGGGCUCUGGGCAGCACCAGCCUUCCAGAUACGUCUUUUGGCUGGGCCUGGCACACUGCAGGAUGUGUGACUGCAUUAAGCAUGAGGCAGAUAGAACCACAACUCCACAAGUCAGUUUUUAAAGUUAUGGAAAUAUGAGUGGCACCCCUUGCCUACUAGUGAAGUGUUUUCCUCAGAGAUAAGCCAAGUCACAGGGGAAUGCUGGAUCAAAGUGUCCCAGACUCAAGGAUUACAAUUUCCAAAGAAUCAGGUGCGAUAAAGAUUGUGUUUGGAAUUACAAGGUUUUCAGCUUCAUCUUGGCACUGCUUCGCAGCAGUCUCCUACCUGCCAGGGGCCUAGAAGAGCUUUGCAGACAGUGAGAAUCUUGGAGCCUGUCCCUAGAGAGCUACCAGCUCUUUAAUAGCUGAGUCUUGACAGAAGUCCAGCUCAUGGCACUGGCUUUAUACAUCCGGGGAGAGCUAGGCCAGUUCAGUGGAUCAGGGAGUAUGCUUCCUUAUCUCUUGAGAAAAUGAAAUUCUACCUUUGGAAACACUGGAAAAUGUUCACAGUGGGCUGCAGGAUUUUAAGAGGUUAGUGCUUGAAGUCUAGGAGCAUUUUCAGAGUUGAAUCUACUAUCUGCAUGUUCUCCCUACAUAGGAGAAGAUGGGAAGAACUUUAGAAAAACAGGUGACAAGAGCAAGGAUAGCCUUCUUUCCCUAGUGACCUUCAGCCUUCCCCUAACAGUGCAGGAGAUUGGUAACUGUCCCAUGGCUUCACUCAAAUGAGAACAUGUGCCAAGCUUCGGGAUAAUAAAUCUAUUUUAAUAACAUUA